AUACCUAAAUCUGCCAGGUUCAUUUUCUGAAAGUACUCAUAAUUGCGCACGUGACAUCCCCAUCAACGGUUGCCUUUCUUUAUUUUCAACAGCAGUUGCAUUAUUCAGAACAUUGUAUAUCUGUCUGUGUGAAAGAAAGACAGAAAGAAAGACGUAGUCACAGCCUUUCUCUCAACGGGGAGGAGGAUUACAGGGACGUCUCUGAGCGACAACCUCCACGCAGUCCAACCUCCGCGCGCACUCCAGUCUCCGCUGUGCGCCUCACGGUCCACACCAUGGAGAAUAAAGCAAACGGGAGAAUGAGCACCAGCAUCAGCACUUCCAUCGCGGACUCCACCGACACAAGAGUAAGUGACUUGGUGGAAGCUGGCUACAUGAACACUAAGUUAUCGAACGAGUCACAGUCUGGAACGUGCAUUUCCUCCUCCGUGCGUCAUUUUGGAAACAGCGGCGCGCUGUUCCAAGGUCUAAACUCCAGCGGCGACAACGCAGUCUCCAUUCUCGAUGGUUCACCUGUCGGGAAACAUUUUUAUGACCGGAGCAGUGACUAUGUGAAGUGUGACAGCGUGCCGUGGGAGGAUUUCGCUGAAGUUCAGAGGACGAGUUUGGCCGCGUCCGAAAGUGGAAGCCUGUCCUCGAUGACCGGAGCGUGCAAGUUCAUCAAAGAUGAGAAGGAGCCUGCUGUGAUCAUGGACAGCCCCUGUCCCAAAUUUCAUCCAUCAUCGGACAUACCUGUUCUGGACCCCUGUUGUGACAGCGACAGGAAGCAGCAGCUGGGGCUCGGUGACGGGGAGUCUGCCGCAGCCGUUCCUUUACCGGGGCUGGAGGGAGCUCCGAACUUUCUGAUGGACAUGAACCAGUCCGAGACCAGCCAGCUGAGGACGGACUCCAGGUGCGCUUUGUCCGGGAAGGCGCACAACAACUUUGACGCCAACGCGCACGCAGCCCAGCAUCUGGCCAUGUAUAAGAGCGACUCUCCCCGCUGGCACACGCACACGGCUCCGGCUGAGCCCCAUCACUGGUGCCAGUCCGUAGGGGGACCCGAGGAUCCGUUCUUACACGUCAGCGGCUACGAUGGGAUCCAGAACCAGGUCCUGAUCCAGAGGAACCCGUCCCCGUUCUCUGCAUUCCCCGGGAUGCCGCCUCAGAGAGUGUGUGUGAUCUGUGCUGAUGAGGCAUCUGGUUGCCACUACGGAGUCCUAACCUGCGGGAGCUGUAAGGUCUUUUUUAAAAGAGCAGUAGAGGGCCAUCAUAGUUAUCUCUGCGCUGGGCGAAAUGACUGCAUUGUGGACAAAAUUCGGAGGAAAAAUUGCCCUGCCUGUCGCCUUCGAAAGUGCUAUCAAGCAGGAAUGAUGCUCGGAGGCAGGAAGCUGAAGCGUUUCGGGGCCUUGAAAGCCUUGGGUUUGUCCCCGGCCCUGAUGUUCCAGUCAAACAUGGCCAUGUCCAGCGACAGUCAGGCCAUGAACUCCAUGUCUUGCAUACCAGGGAUCCGUGAGGUGCAGCUCUCCCAACAGAUCCUCAACAUCCUGGAAAACAUCGAACCAGAGAUUGUGUACUCUGGCUAUGACAGCACCCAGUCCGAGGGCCCACACAUUCUGCUCAACAGCCUCAACAGGCUGUGUGAGAAACAGCUGCUGUGGAUCGUGAAGUGGUCCAAGUCUCUGCCAGGGUUUCGUAAUCUUCAGAUCACUGAUCAGAUGACCCUCAUCCAGUACUCGUGGAUGAACCUGAUGGUCUUCUCUCUCGGGUGGCGCUCCUUUCAGAAUGUCACCAGUGAAUAUUUAUACUUUGCACCGGAUCUGGUUCUUAGUCAGGAGCAAAUGAGGAGAUCGCCGAUUUAUGACCUCUGCCUGGCGAUACAGUUCAUCCCUCAGGAGUUUGCAAAUCUUCAGGUUACCCGAGAGGAGUUUCUCUGCAUGAAAGCCAUAAUAUUACUAAACACAGUGCCUCUUGAGGGACUCAAAAGUCAGGCAGCAUUCGAAGAGAUGAGACAGAACUACAUCCGGGAGCUGACCAGGGCCAUCCACAUGAGGGACAAGGGCUUGAUGGCCAGCUCCCAGCGGUUCUACCACCUCACCAAACUGAUGGACGCCAUGCACGAGAUAGUGAAAAAGGUCAACCUGUUCUGCCUGAGCACCUUCAUCCAGGCGGAUGCCAUGCGAGUGGAGUUUCCCGAGAUGAUGUCAGAAGUCAUUGCCUCCCAGCUUCCCAAGGUCCUGGCCGGCAUGGUGAGGCCCCUCACAUUCCACACCAAGUGAUGAUGCCGGCACAGACAUCCCUAAUCUGCGGAGACAUCUUGGGACUGGAUUCUUCAUCCCACAGUUACUGGAUUCUUUAUAGCCUUCACUAUUGUAGUCAUCAUUACUUUUGUUAAGGGCCUUCCAACGGUCUUAGCCCUUUUACAUUAUGAGGUAAAACAGAAUGAACAUGUUUAAAAUAUGUUUUUUAGUACAGAACUCUUUAAUAUGAUAAAUUCAGAGAGACAAAUCAAUAAAGCGCCUGUGUAUAACUCUGGUUUAUCCACCCUUUCCCAUCCUACAGCUUGUCUAUAGAGAGUACUUACUAGCUGAUAUACAGUAGGUUUUGAAAACCACUAGAGAUCCUAAUAUUUUUGUACUGAAGCUUCAAAAAUAAAAAUAAAUACUUG